UAUCUCUUUCAGACUCUUUUGUUUUUCUUCUAUCCUCUCUCUCUCUGAUUGUUAGGGUUUUUGCAGUAAUCCUCGUCCGUACACACCAACCAAGAAACUCACAGAUUUUGUUUGGCUUCUGAUCAAUCGCAUUCGAAUUUCGAAGCGUUUUGAUUUGAGAGUGUUUGCGUUUGCUACAAUGGAGCGCAAGAUUAUUGAGUUGGACCAAGGUUGGGAGUAUAUGGAGAAGGGGAUUAUGAAAUUGAAGAGGAUUCUGGAAGGGUUGCCGGAGCCUCCGUUCAGCUCGGAGGAGUACAUGAUGCUUUAUACAACUAUCUACAACAUGUGUACGCAGAAACCCCCCCACGAUUACUCUCAACAGCUUUAUGACAAGUAUCGCGAGGCAUUCGAGGAGUACAUUACUAAGACGGUGUUGCCGUCUCUAAAAGAGAAGCACGAUGAAUUCAUGCUGAGGGAGCUGGUGAGAAGAUGGUUAAACCACAAGGUUAUGGUGAGGUGGCUGUCACGGUUCUUCCAUUACCUUGAUCGAUAUUUCAUUGCAAGGAGGUCACUUCCUGCUCUUAAUGAAGUUGGACUAACUUGCUUCCGUGAUCUGGUUUAUCAAGAGGUAAAAGCUAAUGCCAGAGAUGCUGUAAUUAAUCUAAUUGAUAAAGAACGUGAAGGAGAGCAGAUUGACAGAGCAUUGUUGAAGAAUGUUAUCGAUAUCUUUGUCGAAAUUGGAAUGGGACAGAUGGAGCUUUACGAAGGGGAUUUUGAAGAACAGAUGCUUCUAGACUCUGGUGCUUACUAUUCUCGUAAAGCAUCAAACUGGAUCGUGGAUGAUUCUUGUCCUGAUUACAUGUUGAAGGCGGAGGAGUGCUUGAAAAGGGAGAGGGACAGGGUUUCUCAUUAUUUGCAUAUAAGCAGUGAGCAGAAAUUGGUGGAGAAAGUGCAACAUGAAUUGUUGGUGGUAUAUUCACCGCAAUUGCUUGAGAAGGAGCAUUCUGGAUGCCGUGCUUUGCUGAGAGAUGAUAAGGUGGAUGAUCUUUCUAGAAUGUAUAGACUGUACCAUAAAAUCUCUAAGGGCCUGGAUCCUGUUUCUAAUAUAUUCAAGCAGCAUGUUACUGCUGAAGGUACAGCCCUGGUGCAACAGGCUGAGGAUGCUGCAAGUAGUCAGGCUGCAAAUGGGGCUGGUGUGCAGGAACAGGUUCUCGUCCGAAAAAUAAUUGAGCUGCACGAUAAGUAUAUGGCAUAUGUGAAUGAUUGCUUUUUGAACCACAGUUUGUUUCACAAGGCCCUGAAGGAGGCUUUUGAGGUGUUUUGCAACAAAACUGUUGCUGGCAGUUCAAGUGCAGAACUACUAGCUACGUUCUGUGAUAAUAUCCUCAAGAAGGGUGGGAGUGAGAAGCUGAGUGAUGAAGCCAUAGAGGAAACACUCGAGAAGGUUGUGAAAUUGCUUGCAUAUAUUAGCGACAAAGACCUCUUUGCAGAAUUCUACCGGAAAAAGCUUGCUCGUCGACUACUUUUUGAUCGUAGUGCUAAUGAAGACCAUGAAAAGAGUAUACUAACCAAGCUGAAACAGCAGUGUGGUGCACAAUUUACAUCAAAGAUGGAGGGAAUGGUCACAGAUUUGACAUUAGCACGGGAAAAUCAGACCAACUUUGAGGAAUAUCUUCGUAAUAACACGAAUGUAAACCCUGGAAUUGAUUUGACAGUUACUGUCCUUACUACUGGAUUCUGGCCAAGUUAUAAAUCAUUUGAUCUCAGCCUCCCUCCAGAGAUGGUAAGGUGUGUGGAGGUUUUCAAGGGAUUCUAUGAAACAAGAACAAAGCACAGAAAACUUACAUGGAUUUACUCAUUGGGCACUUGCAACAUAAAUGGGAAGUUUGAUUCAAAACCCAUUGAACUGAUUGUGUCAACCUAUCAGGCUGCCGCCCUGCUGCUAUUCAAUAAUUCUGAUAGAUUGAGCUAUUCAGAAAUUAUGACUCAGUUGAACUUGACCCAUGAUGAUGUGGUUAGAUUGCUCCAUUCUUUGUCCUGUGCCAAGUAUAAGAUCCUGACUAAGGAGCCAAACACAAGGACUGUCUCGACAACAGACAACUUUGAGUUCAAUUCCAAGUUCACAGACAGAAUGAGGAGGAUUAAGAUACCUCUCCCACCUGUGGAUGAGAGGAGGAAAGUAAUUGAAGAUGUUGACAAGGACAGGCGAUAUGCUAUUGAUGCUGCAAUUGUUCGCAUUAUGAAGUCUCGGAAAGUUUUGGGUCACCAACAGUUGGUUAUGGAGUGCGUUGAGCAGUUGGGCCGUAUGUUUAAGCCUGAUAUCAAAGCAAUAAAGAAGAGAAUUGAAGAUUUGAUUACCCGUGACUAUCUGGAGAGAGACAAGGAAAACCCAAACAUGUUUAAAUACUUGGCAUGAUUGUGAAGCUCGAGCUGCUGGGGUUAAAGCAUGGUGGAGUGUUGGGGGUCAUGGAAUGAUGUUUUUAUAUGGAAGUUUGGACAGUAUUGACUUCCAUUACAAAUUUCUGUAAAUGCUUCUUUUUGUUACAGCUUGCUGUGUCUAUUAGUAUUAGGAAGUUUUUAAGUCCAGGGAGUAGAGAAUUUUUGUGCACUACACCUUAAGAGCAAAUAUAUUUGUUGGAUUGACCUACGUGACCACCUUUAGUCAAGAAGAAUUAAUACACGUCGAUUUUUAAGAUCUUAAACUGCCUGUUGAUAAACUGAGUUGCAUAUUUACUUCA